AUGCAGGAACGUUUGCAAAUUAUUGACAUUCCUCUUUUCCCUUUCUUUCACUUUUUACGGUGGGUAUUUUCCUUUUAUACCUGUGAUAAUAUCUCUUUAAAGGGGGUAUUUUCCUUUUAUGCUUCUGGGGGUAUUUUCCUUUUAUACUUCUGGUAUUAUCUCUUUAAAGGGGGUAUUUUCUUUUUAUACUUCUGGUAUUAUCUCUUUAAAGGGGGUAUUUUCUUUUUAUACUUCUGCACAACCACCAUCAUCACCACUACCAUCACAACUGCUAUUGAACCCCUCUUUGUUUUUCUUUCUUUUUCUCAUCUAUCUAUCUAUCUAUCUAUCUAUCUAUCUAUCUCAAUUUGUUCAUAUUCAUCUAUCUAUCUAUAUCUAUCUCAAUUUAUCUAUAUUCAUCAUAUCUAUCUAUCUAUCUAUCUAUCUAUCUCAAUUUGUUAUAUCUCAUAUCUAUCUAUCUAUCAUCUAUCUAUCUAUCUAUCUAUCUAUCUAUCUAUCUAUCUAUCUCAAUUUGUUCAUAUCUAUCUAUCUAUCUAUCUAUCUAUCUAUCUAUCAAUUUGUUCAUAUCUCAAUUUGUUCAUAUCUAUCUAUCAUCUCAUAUCUAUCUAUCUAUCUAUCUAUCUAUCUAUCUAUCUAUCUAUAUAA